AUGUCCUCCCAGGAUAUCCCUUCCAACGGCGACGACUUCGUUCCCCAGAUGGACCAGCUCAAGCUCGACGAUGGCGAGCGCCUCGGCCCAGACGGCGAGCCUGCGCCUAAGACCGAGGAGGAGUACGCCCAGGCGCAGCUCACUCUUCGCGCCAUCGUUUCCUCUAAGGAGGCCGGUGUCAUCAUCGGCAAAGGAGGAAAGAACGUGGCUGACCUGAGGGACGAGACCGGCGUCAAGGCCGGCGUCAGCAAGGUUGUCCAGGGCGUCCACGACCGUGUUCUGACCAUUACUGGCGGUUGCGAAGCCAUCUCGCGCGCCUACGCGAUUGUCGCACAAGCCCUCCUCGAGGGUGCUCCUUCCCUCGGCAUGGGCGGCGUUCCCCAGAGCAAUGGCACCCACCCCAUCAAGCUCCUCAUCUCGCACAACCAGAUGGGCACCAUCAUUGGUCGCCAGGGCUUGAAGAUCAAGCACAUUCAGGACGUCUCGGGUGUGCGCAUGGUGGCACAGAAGGAGAUGCUCCCUCAGUCUACUGAGAGGAUCGUUGAGGUGCAGGGCACCCCCGAUGGCAUCAGAGCCGCCAUCUGGGAGAUUUCCAAAUGCCUCGUCGAUGAUUGGCAGCGGUGGAAACCGGCACCGUCCUGUACAACCCUGUCGUUCGUACUCAGCCUGGUAGCACCCCCGCUGUUGGCGGCACAAGCCCCAGCUACCCCUCUACUGGCGGCGGUCGGAGCCAAGAAUACAGCAGCCCUCGUGUCCUUCGCACCGGCAAUGGCGCCGAUUUCAGCAGCAACGGUGGUGGCCAGCGCCCCUACAGCCGCCGUUCCGAUUCAGACGCUGCCUCCCGUGGACCACCCACUCACGAUGAGAAUGGCGAGGAACUGCAGACUCAGAACAUCAGCAUCCCCGCUGACAUGGUUGGCUGCAUCAUCGGCCGUGCCGGCAGCCCCCCAUGACGAGACUGGUGAGCGCAUGUUCACCAUUAUGGGUACCAGCAAGGCCAAUGAGUCGGCUCUCUUCCUCCUCUACGAGAACCUCGAGGCUGAGAAGAUGCGCCGUAGCCAGGCUCAGACCUCUGAGUAA